AGUGGCGACGGUAGUGGUGGUCGUGGUGGUGGGCGAAACUCCAACCUCGAGGUAGCUUGGCGAUACCUCGCGCGUUUAGUUGGCGCGCGGGGCCCCAACGAUUGGGACGGCCGAUAGAGACACUUCGUGCGAGUAAAAAGAGAGUAGGAUACGAGAGAGACCAAGAAACGAGACAGCGACGAGCGACCACACGACGAGUAACGACGACGACCCAAGACGAAGACGAUCGAAUCUUGAAAACAAGAGAGGAGGAGUUUCCCCUUAACUCCCCGUUUUGUUCUCGCGCGAGCUUGCAGAAUUCUCGAGCCGAGUCUCCCGAACCGAGUGUGUGCGUCUCGUUGCUUGCCUCGGGUGGGCUGGGAGUGAUCCAGGAAUAAGCGACCCGCUCGCCGUCGUCGCGGGUGUUGGAGGGAACCGCCCGGCCAGGUGCCGGGACUCGCACCUUCGUCAGGAAAAACGUCCAUCCUCUCCCGAAGGAGACGCUUCAACAUUCUCAGAAGUUUGUGAGAAACGAGUAAAGGUGGACGUCGAGCUCAGAAGAAAUUUGCGACAGAAACAGGUUGGAUGGUGCCGCAGGCCGGCGCCAUUUGAACCGACGAGCUGGGCGAAGGGACUUCCUUCCUUGGGUCGCGGGUGCGAGCACGCAAACGGGACCGGGUUUUCCGGAUCUCGUAGGGACAGGUGCGAAGGCGUGCCUCCACGAUGGGGGUCGCCGACGACUUGGCGCCCAGCUUUACGCAGAAGCCGCAACUACGGCAGGAGGACGAUGGCAACCGGCUGAUAUUCGAGUGUCAGCUAGUGAGCUCUCCUAAACCUGACAUCGCCUGGUUCCGCGGCGAGACCGAGCUCAGCGAGGAUGACAGGACCAAUUUCAAGAUGCAGAGCGUCGGGACCAACAAGUUCCUGGUGGUGCUCGAGCUCGACGAUGUCAUCGAGACCGACGCAGGCCUCUACAAGGUCAAGGCGAAGAACAAGAUGGGCGAAGUCGCUGCCUCCAUCAACCUCAACUUUAGUCCUGCCGAACAAUCCGUUGGGAGAGGACAAAUUGACGGCAUCGCGCCGACUUUCGCGAAGAAGCCUGCGAUUAGACAGGAGGACGAUGGCAAACGCCUGCUGUUCGAGUGUCGCAUCACAGCCGAUCCCACGCCGAAAAUCACAUGGUUUCACAGCGGGAACAUGGUCAAAGAUUCGCCAAGGCAUAAGCUGACCGUCGAUAAAGACGGCCACUCGUAUUUCGCCACUCUGGAAAUAAAAAAUGUGACCGUCGAGGAUGCUGGCAAAUAUAAGGUCACGGCGAAGAACGAGCUCGGCGAGUCUAACGCAACGAUUUCCCUGAAUUUCGAUAGCGACGAGGCACCCGUACCGGAUGACGGUAUUAAACCUACCUUCACCGAACGACCGGUGAUUAGACAAUCCGACGACGGUAACACCAUCACCUUCGAAUGCCGACUUGUCGGCGAUCCGAAACCGAGUGUCAAGUGGUAUCACGGUACCGAGGAAGUGAAAGACGGCGGGCGGUUCAACACGUCGCUGGAACUCGAUCAGAAGCUGUACCACCUCGCGAGGCUGAGGAUCGACAAUGUGGCAAAGGGGGAUGCGGGCGAGUAUAGGGCCGUAGCGAAGAACAAGCACGGCCAGGGGGUGGCGACCAUUAAUUUGAACUUCGAGGGUGGCGACAGGCUCAAAAUACCGGACGGUAAGCCGCCGCGCUUCCCGAAGAAGCCGACGAUCCGCCAGGAGGGCGACUUACUCAUCAUGGAGUGCAUCCUGGAGGCACAUCCGGUGCCGGACAUAACGUGGUACCAGGGUCAGAAAACGAUUGCCGACAGUAAACGCGUGAAGAUGUCACGCAAGGCCACCGGCAAGGACACGUAUCUGCUGACCCUCGAGAUCUCGAAUCCGACCAAGGCUGACGGUGGGAAUUACCGUUGCAACGCCUUUAACAACUUCGGCGAGAGUAACGCCAACAUCUCCCUCAACUUCCAAGAGGAGGGCGCGGGUUGCGCUCCGUCCUUCAUCGAGAAACCUCGCAUCAUCCCGAACGAGACCGGUACGCUGAUCACUAUGAAGUGCAAAUGUAAGGCGAAUCCCAAGCCGGAGGUCACGUGGUUCCGCGGUACCAACGUGGUCAACGAGUCGUCGAAGAUCUCGAUCAAGACCAAGACGGUCGAGGAGGACAUAUAUGAACUUAUCAUGGAAAUAAAGGAUCCAUCGGCACCAGACGGUGGUACUUACAGGUGUCACGUGAAGAACGAGUAUGGCGAGAGCAACGCUAAUUUGAAUCUGAAUAUCGAGGCGGAGCCGGAACCGGAGGGAGACGGGCCAACGUUCGUGGAGAAGCCGCGAAUACAGUCGCAAAACAAGGGCAAGCUCGUUAUUAUGGACUGCAAGGUGAAGGCAAAGCCGAAGCCGCAGAUUGUGUGGACACACGCUGGCAAAGUGGUGAAGGAAUCCUCGAAAAUUUCCAUCAGCAUCGUCGAAGAGAAGGAAGAUAUUUAUUAUAUCAAGUUGACUCUAAACGACCCCGGACCAGACGAUUCCGGCCUUUACAAGUGCAACAUUAAGAACGAGCUGGGUGAACUCAAUGCUAAUCUUACAUUAAAUGUCGAAAUUAUACCUGUAAUUAAGGAGAAACCAAAGGUGGUGAAGAUCGUCAAGAAGAAAACAGUUGUGAUCGAAUGUCACGUUCUCUCUCAAUUUGCGCCCGACUGCACAUGGUUCAAGGAAACUCAGGCUGUUAAAGAAGAUAAUAGACACAAGUUACAUGUCGAGCAAGUCAAAGAAGGUGAAUUCGCCGUGAAACUCGAAAUCGAACAAAUGUCGGCGACAGACAAAGGCACGUACAAAUUGGUGGCCCGCAACGAUAAGGGCGAAGCCACGUCGCAAGUGGUGGAAGUGACGGAAAUUCCAGAGGAGAAAGGAGAAAAACCAAAAAUUGUUACCGGCCUCAAAUCAAUUACUGUCGAGGAAGGCAAGACGGUCGAGCUCAUCGCCACUCUCGCAACGCAAGAUCGAAAAGUCACUAUAACGUGGACUAGAGAUUCAACGGUCGUCAAAGCGUCAAAAGAUAUUAUGAUCUCCUUCAAUGGUCUGGAUAUGAAAUUGACCAUUACUUCAGCAUCGACAGAAUUAUCGGGAACAUAUAAAGUCGUCGUGAGCAACGAAUACGGCCAAGACGAGUCAUCGGCCCGUCUCGUCGUUAAGAAGAAAGAGGAAAAGAAAAAGGACGAGGAGGAAGAAGAAAAGAAGAAGAAGAAAGUCGAGAAGAAAGAGGAGAAGAAAGAAGAGGAAAAGAAAGAGGAGAAGAAGGAAGAGAAGAAGGUGGAGAAAAAGGUCGAAGAAAAGAAGGAGGAAAAGAAAGACGAAAAGAAGGUAAUAAGUUCAAUGUGGAGCGACAAUGACGGUGAGGGAUCAGAAGAAUAUGAGGAGGAAGAGGUGGAGGAGGAGGAAGAAGUGGUGAGUGUAAUUGAGUCCAGCAUUAUCAGCACGGAAGCCAUUCUUGAGGAAUUGGAUUCUGAAAUCAUUUCUCGCGUCGAGGAUAAACCCGAUUUGAAACCGAACGGUAUCGACAAACCAGGGAUUGGGAAGAAGAUGGAGAUCUUACAGAAAGACGAAGAAAUCGUGAAUAAUGUUGAAGAGAGGAAAUCUAUUAAGAAGAAACCCGCUGAGAAAAUUGAAGACAAGAAAGAAGAAGAGAAGAAAAAGAUUGUAAAGAAGAAAGAGCCCGAAUCUAAAGAGGUAUCUCGAGAAUCCACGCCUAAACUCGAAAAAACUGUGGCGAGUCGCAAGGAAUCAGUCAGCAGGGUGGAAGAACUUAGGACAGAGAGUCGUCGCAGCUCGCUUAUCAAGACUGAAGAAAAGAUAAUGGAUGAUGGCACCGUGUCACCACGACGUCUUUCUAUACAGAAGACCGAAGAAGAGGUCAAGGUAGAAAGCAGACGAUCUUCUAUCAUAGAAAAGAAGAAGACGACCGAAAAGGAUAUACCCGCAUUCAGGCUAAAAGCCAUUCCGCGAGCGAUUGAGGACGAGAACACACUCACAGCGAAGAUCAAGCAACACACACACAAACUCGACGAAGAUAUUCAGGACAUAUGGCCGUCUAAACCGACAAAACGCGAUAGUAAAUUAGUAAGACAUUACGAGGAAACCGCGAAGUCCAGUGUAACUUCGUCCGUGCGUGAAACCGGCCAUAAACCGAAGGCUACACCUCAAGCUGCAAUUAAGCCACGCGUGCGCGAUUCGGACGAUGAACUUGAGGACGCUUGGAGCAUUCACAAUCCGGGAGAACGUGAUAAUGAAUCUGCGCCAUAUCAUAGAGAUACGUCGUCAGAUAAGACACACAAACCAACACACACACGUAAAAAAUCAGACGAAGAUAAACCGAAAGAUAAAACAUUACUGCACGACACAGCCGCAAAUAAGACACAUCCGCAGAAAUCCGACGAAGAGAUUGAGGAUAUUUGGGCCAGUAAGAAACGCGAUAGUGACUCCAAGAAACAUGACAAAGAUGUUCCGAAAGAGAAAAAAUAUUUGCGUGAUGCAUCUGCGAGUAAAGUUUCACACAAAUCCGACGACCUUUCAAUAGAUAAGACACUUUCUCACGAUACACCGACAUAUAAAACGCAUCCACCGAAAUCAGAUGAAGAGGUUGAGGAUAUUUGGGCAAGUAAAGAACAUGAUACCGACUCCAAAACGCUUGACAAAGGUGUUCUGAAAGAGGAGAAACCACAUGACAUAUCUAUGAGUAAAGUACCAUCGCGUAAAUCCGACGAUACUGCAAAAGAUAAAACACUUUCUCGUGACACGCCAACACAUAAAAUACAUCCGCAGAAAUCUGACGAAGGAAUUGAGGACAUUUGGGCGAGUAAAGAACACGAUAGUGAUUCCAAAAAGCAUGAAAAAGAUACUCCGAAAGAGAAAAUUUGUUUGCGCGAUACACCUACGAGUAAAAUACUUCCACAUAAAUCCGGCGAUAUUGCAAAAGAUAAGAUCUUUUCUCGUGACACUCCUGCACAUAAGAUACAUUCGCGAGAAGAAAUUGAGGAUAUUUGGUCGACUAAGCCGAGAAAAGAUGUAGAGUCUAAGAAAUAUGACAAAGACGUGCCAAAAGAUAAGACACUUUUACAUGAUACACCCACGGUUAAAACACAAAAACUACACAAACCUGAUGAGGUGCCAAAAGAUAAGACACCUCUACGUGACACACCCACAGCUAAAAUACAAAAACCUGACGAAGUGUCAAAAGAUAAAACACAUCUACAGGACACACCCACUCACAAAAUACACCCACACAAGUCUGACGAACAAAUCGAGGACGUUUGGUCGACCAAGCCAAAAGAACGUAUCAUUGAUUCUAACAUAUAUGGCAAAGACUUACCGAAACCUAAAGUUAAAUCACCCCGUCGUCAAUCUGUCGAAGAAAUCGAGGAUAUUUCAUCCAAGCAGAGGGAACGUGAAAACAGAUCACACAAAACAGAUGAGGAUACACCGGUAAUUAAGGCUAAGAGACGCGUGUCUAAAGAUGAUCAAACGGAAGCAGAUAAAAUAUCUUUGGACAAAACAAAAACGCGUGAUAUCAAGUCCACGCAAAAUAACGAGGACAAAUUGGCACCGAAAUCGAGAGGAUACGAUGAUAAACACGUCUCAUAUCAUGAGGAUGCCAUGUCCACAAACAUAUCACACAAACCUCUACUCGAUCGAGAUGUCAAAACUUACUACACACACUAUAAUUAUGACAUAUUGGCACCAAAAUCCAUCGAGCGCAAACCAAAUUCUGUCACAAUCGAUAAGGACAUUUUGUUACCUACCGUUAAACCACAAACGUACGAAUCUGACGAUGAUAUUGAGGAUAUCUGGGCUUCGAGAACCGAAGACGACGCGCCUAAACCUAUUAGAAAAUUGGAGGACUCGCGAGCUUCCAAAGUUACGCCGUAUAAAAUCGGGGACAACGUCGAGGAAUCUACACCCGUACCCACUUCUAAAUUUGCAUCUAAACCUAAGGACAGCGUAAACAAACCCAAAGAGUCCAGGGAGGGCGACGUACCCGCACACGAAGUAGCCGAAAUCAAACUUAAAGAGGCCAAGAGCAAAGAUACUAAUUCUACACUUGACAAGGAAGAAGUACCCAAGAAAAAGGUGUCCACUAGACGUAGGUCGUCGACUAAAUCAAUGGAAGGGUCCGAGGAUCAAGAACCAGUAUUGAAACCAAAGAAGAAGAAACCUAAAUCCGCAGAUGAAUCUAAGAAAGUGGAACCGACUACGAAACCGAAAACUCUCGAAAAACCGGAAACACCGAAGGGGGAAGCUAAGCCUAAACCGGAAGAGGCGAAGGUGGAACCGAAAGCCAAACCCAAAGCAGAGGAAGUAAAGGAAGCCAAGCCUAAACCAGACGAACCGAAGGUGGAACCAAAAACCAAACCUAAACCAGAGGAAGUAAAGGAAACGCCAAAGGUGAAGCCUAAACCGGGCGAAAUAAAGGAAGAACCGAAAGCUAAAACAAAAACGGAAGAAGUGAAGGUUGAAGAAAAGCCUAAGGCUAAACCAGGGGAAACUAAGGAAACACCAACAGUCAAACCUAAACCAGACGAAUUAAAGAAAGAGGAACCAGCAAAGAAACUUAUGCCUAAACCAGAACCCAAGAAAGAAGAAGAGAUCACUAGGAAAAGCCUAAAGUCCGUCAAGCAACUCGAGGAAGAGAAGAAAACUCAAGAGAAAGUCGAGCUUAAGCCAAAGGACGCCGCCGUGACCAAACCGAAAUCCCGGUUACCACCGAAACAGGAAGUAAAAACCGAAAGCUUUCAGGGGAUUCAGCUUAAACCGGUUACGAAGGAUCCAAAACAGCCUCAGCAGGCUGAACAGGGCAGGGUGGAACUUAAGAAAACGGAGAAGGCGGAAAAAGUCGAUGUGAAGAAGGUGAAGGCAGGCAAGGGGGCGAAGGAAGCAAGUUACGAUCUUCCGGAGAUUCCAGAUUACGAAAGAGCUGUCCUGGAGAAACCUCAGGAAUUCGAUUUUGGCGAUUAUGUCCCUCGCGAUAAGACGAAGCUCGAAAGACCAGUUACGCAGAAAUUCGACUCUAAGCCGAAGUUACCGGAGAUUAAAGCGCCCGAGACACCUAAGAUUGAAGUUAUCAGGGACGUGACACCGGUCGGCAGCAGAAAGGGCUCUUUGGCACCAGGAAGCGGUACUAGCAGUCGACGCGGUUCGCUCAUACCACCUGAGGAAUUGGGUCGUAGGCCCAGCUUGCUUAUCAGUGACGAGGAGCAUAGGAAGCUUCGUCCCGGCGAGGUGGUGGACGAGCGCAAGUUGGGAAGGUUACGGCCCGGUGAGGUGUUGGACAUAAAGACUAAGUCCGGCCGACCAGGCGCGCUGCAAGAAAAAGAGCGUCGUCGUCCGAGCGCAGCGGACGUCAGAAGACCCAGCGUGGCGGACCUCGAGAAUAUGAUCAAUCUACCUAGCACACCUCUGCGAGAUGUUGGACCAGGUGGACCACCCCAGAUCGUCGAUGUCCAGGAAUCGUACUCAGCUGUCGAAGACUCGACGGCGUACAUCACCGUCGCAGUGGAGGGCACGCCCGCGCCAACUUUCAAAUUCUACAAGGGCAUCACCGAGAUCAUCGAGGGUGGCCGCUUCAAGUUCCUCACGGACGCGGAGACCAACACGAUCACCCUCUGCAUGAGGAAGACGAAACCCAACGACGAGGGAACUUACAAAAUCGUCGUGAGCAACAUCCAUGGCGAGGAUUCCGCCGAGAUGCAACUCUACGUUUCCGACGCCAGUGGCAUGGACUUCCGUGCUAUGUUGAAGAAGAGAAAAUACCAGAAAUGGGCGCGAGAAGAGGCUGACCAAGAAAAGGUAGACUUGAAGGAAGUCGAGAAGCCUAUGCCGGCGUUGAAGAAAGUGGAAAGGAAACAAGAAAGUUUCCUAAAGCCAUUGGUGGACCAAUACGCCAAGGAAGGCAAAGACAAGAAGGUCGUUUUUGAAGCGAACUUUUCGAAACCAAACUGCAAGCCAAAAUGGUUCUUCCGGAAGGACGAAUUAUUCCCAUCGGCGAAAUACAAAUUCAAAAACGAGGAAGACUGCUAUCAGCUCAUUAUCUCUGGACCCAAAGUCGAAGAUACUGGAAAAUAUACGAUCGAAAUUGCCGGCGUAUCUAGCACAGCUUUCCUGAAUGUCGAUGAGCCUGAUCCAACAUAUACCUUCCUGAAGCCGUUAUCGAAAAAGACCAGCGGUUUCACAAAGCACGAAGCUUACAUGGAAUGUACAGUCAGCUCUAACAUGGCGCAAGUUACCUGGCACAAAGGCAAAACAAAACUCGAGGACGGAGACCAGUACAGUAUCUCUAAAGACAUGUCUGGAGUGUGCCGGCUGGCGAUCAGGAGCGCGACUCUCGAAGAUAGUGGCGAAUAUACUUGCAAGAUAAGCAAGCAGACAGACAAGACCGACACUGUCCUAACUAUAGUCGAAUAUCCUUACAAGUUCGUCAAAGUGUUGAAACACCAGCAGUUGAUAGAAAAGGAAACCUUGACGUUACUUUGCGAAUUGGAUGAUGCCGCGGGUGAAGUUCAAUGGUUCAAGGGUGAUCAAGCAAUCACACCUGAUAAGAGGGUGCAAAUUAAGGAAGAGGGCAGGAAACGAAAGCUCAUCAUUAAAGAUAGUAAGGUCACCGACGCCGGACUCUAUUCUUGUGUGAGCAACGCGGACAAGACCGAAGCAGAAAUUGUGAUAAACUAUGCCAAUCGUUUCAACAAGAAGUUGAAGGACACAGUCGCGGUGGAGAGAGAGAAGCUGGUACUGGAUGUUGAGCUUCAAGAUCAGACCGCGCCGGCUGUAUUCUACUUUAACGGCGAGAAGAUCGAGCCCAAUGAGAGAGUGGAGAUCAAGAAUCUGGGCGGCGGUAAGCAUCAGUUGGUCUUCAACAAGCUGGAAAUGACGGAUGACGGCGAGAUCAUGUGCGAAAGCGGUCAGCUGACGAGUAAUUGCAAACUAACUGUGAAGAAGGGCGAGAGCAAACCGAUCGUUGACUUCCCCGACAAAGUCGAAGGACCCUGCAGCGCACCGCUGGUCUUUGUCGUGCCUUUCAAAGUCGAUGGCACCAAGCAGAGUCAAGUGGAAGCGAAGCUGAUGAAGGACGGCAAGCCAUUACCUCUCAAAGACGUUGAGAUCGUCGUUGGCGAGGAUAAAAUCACGUAUAAAAUCAAAAAACCUCAACGCGAAUCCUCUGGUAUCUACCAGAUAAAAAUUGGUAAUAACCAGGGUGAAGAAGUGAAGGAUGUCAAUAUUGUUAUGCAAGAUGUCCCAUCUGCACCGUACGAUGUCGAGGUCAACGAAAUAUUCCAGAACUCUUGCGUCGUGUCCUUCAAACCAUCAAAGGAUGACGGCGGCUCACCUAUCAUGAAGUACGUCAUCGAGCGCCUCGAUCUUAGUUUGAAGUCUCAAUGGGACAGCGUCGGUGAAGUCAUGUUAGGCGAGAAAUGUGUCUAUAAGGUCGAAGAUCUAAUUGCGAAGAGGGAGUACAAGUUCCGUAUACGAGCCGUGAAUAAACUCGGUUCCAGUGAACCGGCAAUGUUUGCCAAGCCCGUCUUAGCCAAGGAUCCAUGGGACGAACCAGGUAAACCCACGAACGUCGAUGUAACCGAUUGGGACAAGGACCACGCUGAUCUGACAUGGACGAAACCCGAGAACGACGGUGGUUCACCGAUCACUGGCUAUGUAAUCGAAUACAAGGAGAAGUUCGGCAAAGAAUGGGUGACGGGCAAGGAGAUCGAGGGCGACGUGACUCAGGCGACUAUCGAUGGUCUCAAAGAAGGCACGCAAUACGAAUUCAGGAUACGAGCCGUGAACAAGGCAGGUCCUGGUGAGCCGUCUGACGCCACUAAGCCGAUUAUUGCCAAAUGCCGAUUCGUUAAACCAUAUAUCAUCGGUGAUGGCCUUACGAAUCUGGUCGUCAAGAAGGGCCAAGUCAUCAAAUACGACAUCAAGUAUGCCGGUGAGCCAGAACCGGAAGUACAUUGGUUCCUGGGCCAGAAGGAGAUAAUUCAGGACUCGGCUGAGAGAGUCACGAUCGACAAAUACGAGAGAAAUACCGUGCUGACAGUCAGAAAGACCACCAGACCCGAUUCUGGAAAAUAUAAAUUGGUAUUGACAAACAGUUCCGGCACUUGCGAAAGCGUUGCCGACGUUGUCGUUCUUGAUAAGCCGUCGAUUCCACAAGGACCUAUGAAAGUGGAGGAAGUGCGCUCCGAUCACGUUAAAGUUAAAUGGGAUGUUCCGGAGGAUAACGGUGGUACCGAUAUCACAGGCUACGUACUGGAAAAGAUGGAUCUGGAUACUGGACGGUGGAUUCCAGCUGGAGAAACUAGUCCGAACGACAGGACUUUUACGUUCUCUGGCUUAACACCCAAGAAGAAAUAUAAGUUCCGUGUUAAGGCAGUUAAUAAGGAAGGCGAGUCUGAACCACUGGAGGUCGAAGAAGCCAUCGUCGCGAAAAAUCCUUACGAUGAGCCUGGUAAGCCUGGCAAGCCGCAGAUCAUCGACUAUGAUAACGUCAGUGUGUCUUUGAAAUGGGAGAAACCACAGAGCGACGGUGGCAGAGCAAUUACUCACUACACUGUCGAGAUAAAAGACAAAUUCGCCGUCGAUUGGGUCGAGGUAAUGAAGACCAACGACUCGACACCCGAAGCUAAAGUUGAAGGCCUGAAGGAGAAGAUGGUGUACCAAUUCCGCGUUCGCGCUCACAAUAAAGCCGGGCCUGGUGAACCUAGCGAGCCCACAGACAACCAUCUCUGCAAACACAGAAACAUGAGACCGAGAAUCGACCGAACCAAUUUCAAAUCUAUCAUCAUCAAAGCUGGUCGCACCCAUAAAUGGUCUGUGGAUGUAUCUGGUGAACCUCCACCGGAAACCAAAUGGAUAUGGAGGGAUAACAUUCCAUUGACCUCCACCGAGCGUAUCAAGAUCGACAAUGUCGAGUAUCACACGGACUUCACGAUCGUAAAUGCGAUGCGCAAGGAUACCGGAAAGUACACGCUGGUUGCUGAGAAUGCUAAUGGCAAAGACGAAGAGACCGUUGAACUCACCGUGCUUGGAAAACCGGACGCUCCUAAAGGACCUUUAAAAGUCAGCGAUGUGACCAAUACCUCAGCCAAGGUGAAAUGGGAGAAGCCGGAGGAUGAUGGUGGUGUACCGAUCAAAGAGUACGAAAUUGAGAAGAUGGACACGAAGACUGGUAAAUGGGUCAGAGUUGGUAAAGUGCCUGGAAACUCGCCAAACACGGAAUUUGAAGUCACUGGCUUGAAUCCUGGAAGCGAGUACAAGUUCCGCGUCACAGCUGUUAAUGACGAGGGUGAUUCGGAGCCUCUGGAGAGCGAACGCGGCGUCGUUGCCAAGAAUCCAUACGACGAACCUUUGAAGCCUGGAACGCCCGAAAUAACCGAUUACGAUAACGAAUCUGUAAGCUUAAAAUGGGCUCCGCCAGAAUUCGAUGGAGGAUCGCCGAUCGAAAAAUAUAUUAUUGAGAAAAAAGAUCGUUACAAGCCCGAUUGGGAAAAGGCUAUUGAAGUCCCUGGAGAUCAACUUGAGGGCAAAGUACCCGAUCUGAAAGAAAGGGGCGAAUAUCAGUUCCGAGUAAUCGCAGUAAACAAAGCUGGACCCUCGCCUCCGUCAGACGCGUCAAAGAUGCAGAUCUGCAAGCACAAAGCUCUGAAGCCGAGAAUUGACAGAACAAACUUGAAACCGAUCGUCGUGCGAGCCGGUAAAACCGUCAAGUACGAUGUGGAUGUGCGUGGCGAGCCACCGCCAGAGAUCAAAUGGUAUCAUGCCGGCAGCGAAGUCAAAUCUGGCGAGAACAUCGAGAUUGUCAACGUUGACUACAACACGAAGCUCACUAUCACCGACAGUGUGCGCAAGAACACCGGUGUGUGGAAGAUCAAGGCUGUCAAUCCUCACGGCGAGGACGAAGCGGAAGUCGAAGUGACGAUACUAUCGGCUCCUGGAAAGCCAAAGGGUCCUCUCAAAGUGGCAGAUGUCACGAAGAACGGCUGCAAGCUCAAAUGGGGCAAACCAGAAGACGAUGGUGGCAAGCCGAUCACAGGAUAUCAAGUGGAGAAACUGGAUAAAUCGACAGGCAGGUGGAUACCGGUCGGUCGUACCGCGGAUACUGAGAUGGACAUAAAGGGCCUUCAAGAGGGACAUGAGUAUGAGUUUCGAGUAAAGGCUCUGAAUGAAGAAGGAGAAUCGGAGCCGCUUGUGUCAGACGGCUCAACACUCGCGAAGAAUCCUUAUGAUGUCACAAGCAAGCCUGGAACACCAGAACUGGAGGAUUGGGAUGUCGAUCGUGUCGAUCUCAAGUGGGAACCUCCCAAAGACAGCGGUGGUGCACCGAUCACCGGAUACAUUAUUGAAAAGAAGGAGAAACCUUCCUCGCAGUGGGAAGAAGCUCUGGUCACUGACUCGCCACAACCGAAAGGUCGUGUUACCGGGUUGAAGAAGGGUUCCACUUAUCAGUUCCGUGUUCGUGCUGUUAACAAGGCUGGACCAUCGGAGCCUAGCGAUCCGACCAAGCCGCAUGUUGCCAAAGCAAGAUUCCUGAAACCGCAUAUUAACCGUGAUAAGCUGCAAACUAUCAAAGUAAGGGCAGGUCAACUGGUAAAGUUAGAAGUUGAUGUCGAAGGCGAACCACCUCCAACAGUUACAUGGAGUUUUGCCGGUACGCCACUCCAAACUGGAGCCAAUGUUAAGAUUGACAACGAAGACUAUCUUACUAAGAUUCAAUUAACAAACACCAGUCGGAAGUUAACUGGCAAAUAUACUAUUAAGGCUGUAAAUGAUUCCGGACAGGAUGAGGCCGAUGUGGAAAUUAAUAUUCUUGAUAAACCUGGAAAGCCGGAGGGACCACUGGAAGUGACUGACGUGCACAAGGAGGGCUGCAAAUUGAAGUGGAGCAAGCCGAAGGACGAUGGUGGGCUUCCACUGUUUAGUUACAUAGUUGAAAAGAUGGACGUGACAACGGGUCGUUGGGUACCAGCCGGUAUUGUGGACCCUGAAAAAACUGAGCAUGCAGUUACCGGUUUGGAGCCUGGCCAUAAGUACGAAUUCCGUGUGAAGGCUGUGAACGAGGAGGGGGAAUCAGAACCUCUACAAACUGACGUUGCCAUCGUAGCUAAGAAUCCAUAUGAUGCUCCAGCGGCGCCUGGACUCCCAGAGAUUGUCGACUGGUCAGAGAAUAUGGUGAAACUCAAAUGGGAACCACCGAUAAGAGAUGGCGGUGCUCCUAUUACCGGAUAUAUUAUUGAGAUGAAGGACAAGUUCGGUACUAAUUUCGUCAAGGCUGCUGAAGUGCAAGGGCCCGUAUGUACUGGCACAGUUCCACGUUUAGAAGAGGGCAAUCAGUAUCAGUUUAGAGUACGAGCCGUCAAUAAAGCUGGCCCUGGUGAACCUAGCGAGGCCACCAAUCCGCACACCGCUAAGGCCCGUUGGUUGAAACCGUACAUCGAUCGCACGAAUCUGCAACCCAUAACGGUAAAAGUCGGCCUCACCGUAAGCUUGGACGUAAACAUAAUUGGCGAACCGCCACCAAAAGUCACUUGGACCUUCAAGGAUAAAGAACUCGUAUCGGACGACACAAUUCGAAUCGACAAUGUUGAUUACAACACGAAAUUCUUUAUUCUAAAGACUAAACGCGUCCACACCGGCAAAUAUGUGAUUACGGCGAAAAACGAAGUUGGCGAAGAUACUGCCGAAGUGGAAAUUACAGUUCUUGGCAAACCGAGUAAACCAAAGGGCCCCUUGGAAGUAAGCGAUGUUAACAAACAUGGCUGCAAACUUAAAUGGGACAAACCCGAAGACGACGGUGGUGCUCCGGUCGAAUACUAUGAGAUUGAGAAGCUGGAUCCUCUUACAGGGCAAUGGGUACCUUGUGGUCGUAGUACCGAACCUGAAGCAACGAUCACCGGAUUGCAGGAGGGCAAGCCGUACAAAUUCCGCGUAAAAGCCGUCAACAGAGAAGGAGAAUCUGACGAUUUGGAGGCGGAUAAGUCUAUCAUAGCCAAGAAUCCAUUCGAUGAACCGGGCAAACCUGGUCGACCAGAGCUUAAGAAUUGGGACAAGGACUUCGUCGAUCUUGAAUGGACUCCGCCUAAGGAUGACGGCGGUGCACCGAUCGAAAAGUACAUCGUACAAAUGCGAGACAAAGAUGGUAGACAGUGGGUGGACGUCGCUAAGGUUCCAGGAGAGCGAACGGCCGCUAAAGUGACCGAUGGGAUUCAGGAAGGUCACGAGUAUGAGUUCAGGAUAGUGGCAGUCAAUAAGGCCGGACCUGGCGAGCCCAGCGAUACCUCAAAGAGCGUCGUUGCCAAGCCUCGAUUUUUGGCACCGCACAUCGACCGCAAGAAUCUUCAUAAGAAAGUCAUGCGAAUUGGUCAGAUGCUACGACUCGAGGCCGACAUCAAGGGUGAACCGCCACCAGUCGUUACAUGGAAACGCAAGGAUACAGUGCUGAAGAGCAUGGACCGAUUGAAAAUUGAGAACGAGGAUUACCAUACGAUGUUUGUUCUCAAUAAGCUUCAGCGCUCGGACGCUGACACUUACACCGUCAUCGCCAAGAAUGACAGCGGCACCGAUCAGGUCGACGUUGAACUUCAAGUUUUAAGCAAGCCUGGCAAACCGAAAGGACCACUUGAAGUGUCUGAUGUGACUGCCGAGGGUUGCAAGCUGAAAUGGGACAAACCCGACGACGAUGGUGGUGAACCGGUUGAUCAUUAUGUCAUCGAAAGGAUGGAUGUGGACACCGGACGUUGGGUACCAUGCGGUACUAGCAAGACUCCAGAGGCAGACGUGUCCGGUUUGAAUGAGGGCAAAGAUUAUCAAUUCCGUGUUAAAGCUGUCAACUCUGAGGGUGAAUCUGAACCUCUGGAAACAUCCAUACCGACGACUGCCAAAAAUCCUUAUUCUGAACCCGAUGCGCCUAGCAAACCCGAGUUGAAGGACUGGUCGAAGAACCAUGUGGACCUGAAAUGGAAAGCCCCGAAGAAGGAUGGUGGUGCUCCUAUCGAGAAAUAUAUCAUUGAGAAGAAGGAUCAGUACGGCAAAUGGCAAAAAGCUGUGGAAGUUCCAGGCAACAAAACCGAAGCCAAAGUACCAGAUCUUGUGGAAGGUCAGAAAUAUCAGUUCCGAGUUAAGGCUGUGAAUAAGGGUGGCCAAAGCAAGCCCAGCGAGCCUAGCGACACCCUGACCGCCAAGGAUCGCUAUGCUGCGCCCAAGAUCGAUCGCACGAAUCUGAAAGAUAUUACAAUUAAGGCCGGCAAUGUCAUUCGGUUGGACGUCAAAGUCACAGGUGAACCGCCGCCAAGCAAGACCUGGUUCUUGAAUAAGGCCAAGCAGGAAUCCGGCAAUGUCUUGACGAUCGAAACGGAGGAUUACAAGACCAAGUUUGUGGUCUCAUCAGCGACCAGGGCUCAUUGUGGCACGCUGACUUUGAAAGCGGAGAAUAGCUCUGGCAAAGAUGAGGCGUCUAUCGAAAUUCUGGUGCUGGACAAACCUAGCAAGCCCGAAGGACCGCUCAAAGUUUCCGAUGUGCACAAGGAGGGCUGUACUCUCAAGUGGAAUCCACCCGCGGACGACGGCGGUGCGCCUUUGGAUCACUACGUGGUCGAGAAGAUGGACACGGAGACUGGCAGAUGGAUACCGGUUGCACGCACCAAGGAACCGACAAUGGCGGUGGAGAAUUUAGUGCCCGGACAGGAAUAUAAAUUCCGAGUUGCAGCAGUAAAUGCGGAAGGUGAAUCUGAACCGUUGGAAACUGAGUACGGAAUCGUCGCCAAGAAUCCAUUCGAUGAACCUGGAGCACCAGGACGUCCAGAGGCGACCGACUGGGACAAGGAUCACGUGGACCUGCGAUGGACCCCGCCGUUAAAGGACGGCGGAUCUCCAAUCACCGGAUACGUGAUCGAGAAGCGGGAAAAGGGCGCGCCUAAGUGGAUCAAGGCGUGCGAGACUGGGCCGGAUUGCAAGGGUCGCGUCGAUAAUCUCGACGAGGGUGUCGAAUACGAAUUUAGGGUCAAAGCCAUUAACGCUGCUGGUCCCGGUGAACCGUCCGACGCCAGCAAACCGAUUACUGCCAAGAGUCGAAGACUCCCGCCGAAAAUCGACAGACGAAAUCUGCGUGAUAUAACUGUGCGCGAGAACGAAGCGUUCCACUUCGACGUCAAAAUUAUCGGCGAACCACCGCCAGACGUCACGUGGGUGAUCAACAAUAAGAGCAUCCAGCAGACCACGCACCGCAGAAUACAGAACGUACCUUACAACAGUAAGUUCUUCAACGACAAACCCGAACGCAAGGACAGCGGUACUUACAAGAUUACAGCGAUCAAUCAACAUGGAUCCGAUACCGCCGAAGUCGAAGUCACCGUUGUCUCCAAGCCUGGUAAACCGGAAGGACCAUUAGAGGUAUCCGAUGUGCACAAAGAAGGAUGCACACUUAAAUGGAAGAAACCGAAGGACGACGGUGGAGAACCGAUCGAGGGCUAUCUCGUGGAGAAGUUCGAUCCAGAGACCGGUGUUUGGCUACCGGUUGGUAAAACUACUGGACCCGAGAUGAAGGUUGAAGGGCUUACACCUGGACAUGAAUACAAGUUCCGGGUCAAGGCACUCAACAAGGAAGGGGAGUCUGAACCAUUGGAGACCUUUAGUUCCAUCGUAGCCAAAGAUCCGUUCACUGUGCCAACUGCGCCUGGAGCACCAGAGCCAGUCGAUUGGACUGCCAACCAGGUUGAACUCGCCUGGAAGGAGCCUGUUAGUGAUGGUGGAUCGCCUAUAACAGGCUACAUCAUCGAGAAAAAAGACAAAUAUAGCACUAUGUGGGAGAAAGCUUUGGAAACCGAGACACCGGUUACCAAGGCUCUGGUACAUGGUCUAAUAGAAGGCAACGAUUAUCAAUUCCGUGUGAUCGCCGUAAACAAGGCUGGUCAGUCGGAACCUGGUGAAGCUAGCAAGACAUUUACUGCUAAACCGCGUUUCUUGGCCCCGAAGAUCGAUAGGCGAAACCUGAGGGACGUUACCCUGUCCGCUGGCUCAAUGCUGAAGUUCGAUGCCAACGUGAUCGGCGAGCCGCCGCCGCACAUCGAGUGGCGUUACGGCGCGAUACCGCUUCAUUCCGAUCGUAAGGUGCAGAUCGAUAACACCGACUACAACACCAAGUUUAGCAUACGUCCGGUAUCGCGGGACGACAGUGGUGAUUACACUGUGACGGCUAGCAAUUCGUCGGGCAAGGAUUCGGUGACGGUGCAGGUGACGGUGACGGACAAGCCGACACCGCCCGAAGGACCGCUUCAGGUGUCAGAUGUGCACAAGGAGGGAUGCAAGCUGAAGUGGAAGAGACCUAAGGACGACGGCGGCACGCCCAUCGAAUACUACCAGGUGGACAAGAUGGAUCCGGAGACCGGAUGCUGGGUGCCUUGCGGACGUUCUACCGAUCCAACUCUCGAGGUGACAGGUCUAACACCUGGCAAGGAGUAUCUCUUCCGGGUAGCCGCGGUCAAUGCCGAGGGCGAGUCAAAACCUUUGGAAGCGGAGCAAUCGAUAGUAGCCAAGAAUCCAUUCGACGAACCAGGCAAACCGGGUGAUCUUCGAGCCACCGAUUGGGACAAGGACCACGUCGAUCUGAAAUGGACUCCGCCGGAGAACGAUGGUGGUUCACCAAUCACUGGUUACGUAAUUGAGAAGAAAGACAAGUAUGGCGAAUGGGAGAAGGCAUUGGAGGUGCCCGCGGAUGAUACCUCCGCUACAGUACCGGAUCUGAUCGAAGGUCAGCCGUACGAAUUCCGUGUCCGUGCCGUGAAUAAGGCUGGCCCUGGAGAACCGUCGGAUGCCACGCCGACCAUCAUCGCCAAGCCGCGCAAUCUAGCGCCCAGGAUCGAUCGCACCAAUCUGAUCGAGGUGAAGAUUAAGGCUGGCCAAAACUUCAGCUAUGACUGCAAGGUAACGGGCGAGCCGCCGCCGACUACCAAAUGGAUGCUAAACGGCAAGGAAGUUCGGCCGAGUGAUCGCGUUAAGGUCAAGCACGUGGACUACAACACCAGUCUGAACGUGCGGAUGGCUACGCGUGCGGAAUCCGGCAAGUACACCGUUAUUGCUGAGAAUAUCAACGGCCGAGACGAGGCAACCGUCAAGGUAACCGUGCUGGAUAAGCCGAGCCCGCCCCAAGGUCCGCUCCGCGCGUCCGAUGUGCACGCCGAGGGUUGCAAGCUCACGUGGAAACCGCCCGAGGACGACGGUGGGCAGCCGGUUGAUAAAUACGUUGUAGAAAAGAUGGACGAAGCCACGGGUCGUUGGGUGCCGGCCGGAGAGACCGACGGACCGGAAACGAGUCUGCAGGUGGAGGGCCUGACGCCAGGGCACAAGUACAAGUUCAGGGUGAGGGCAGUCAAUAAGCAGGGCAAGUCCGAGCCACUCACCGCCAUGCAGGGCAUCGAGGCGAAAAAUCCCUUCGAUGAACCAGGAAAACCAGGUACACCCGAGGUGGUUGAUUAUGACACGGACUUUGUCGAACUUCAAUGGAGCCGUCCUGAGGAAGACGGUGGAUCACCAAUCACCGGCUACAUCAUAGAGAAACGCGACAAGUACAGUCCAACUUGGGAGAAAUGUGCGGAAGUCGAUGGUGAUACGAAUCGUGGCAGAGUCAACGAUCUGGUCGAGGGAACUCCAUACGAGUUCCGCGUGAGGGCUGUCAACAAGGCUGGUCCCGGCGAGCCAUCAGAGGCGUCCAAGUCUCACGUGGCGCGACCCAAAAAUCUUCCGCCGAAGAUCGAUAGAAAGUACAUGCUGGACGUGAAAGUGCGCGCCGGCGGUUUCUUCGACUUCGAUGUGCCGGUGACCGGCGAGCCACCGCCAAUCAAAGAGUGGUCACUGAAGGACACCAUAGUAAUGGCAAGUGAUCGCAUCAAGAUCAUCAACGAGGAUUACAAUACUAAGGUGCGCGUGAUGGAGGCAAAACGGUCCGACUCCGGCGUCUACACGCUUGUUGCCAAGAACGUGAACGGCAAGGACUCUGCUACGUUGACAGUGAAUGUGAUGGAUGUACCUUCACCGCCGGAAGGUCCGUUGAAGAUCGACAACGUCACCAAAAACGGUUGCACUCUGAAGUGGCGGCCACCGAAGGACGACGGCGGUUGCGAGAUUCAGUACUACCAAGUCGAGAAAAUGGACACGGAAAAUAUGCGCUGGGUGCCCGUGGCCGAGGCUAACAACACCUCAGCGCAGGUGGGCCACCUAAUCGAGGGACAUGACUAUCAGUUCCGCGUGCGAGCGGUGAAUAAGCAGGGCGAGUCCCAGCCGUUGACAGGAAUGGACACUAUCACCGCCAAGGAUCCGUUCGCCAAGCCUGAUAAGCCUGGCACUCCGGUUGCCACCGACUGGGACAAGGAUCACGUGGAUCUUGAAUGGGCACCGCCCAAGAAAGACGGCGGAUCGCCCAUAACUGGUUACAUAAUCGAGAAACGACCUCGUUUCGGACAAUGGGAAAAGGCUGCCGAGGUGCCCGGGAACAAAACCAGUGCCAGAGUACCUGAUUUGACCGAAGGUCAGGAAUACGAGUUCAGAGUCAUCGCCGUUAACAAGGGCGGACCUGGCGACCCGUCCGACGCGUCUUUACCGGUCGUUGCCAAACCCCGUUUCAUUGCUCCUUCAUUCGAUACACACUUGCUGCGCGACUUGGUGGUUCGUGCUGGCCAAAAGAUCAGCUACAAUAUUCCUAUCGUGGCGUCACCUAAACCGAAGGCAACGUGGUCCCGCGAUGGUGUUCAGAUUGUGGCCGAUGCUCGACACGAGAUGUUCACCACUAAUACUGAAACUUCUUUCGAGAUUCCGUUCUCUGUCCGUGGUGAUACUGGACGUUACACUCUAACUUUGGAGAACGAACACGGAAACUUUAGCGCCAGCGCGAGAGUCACUGUCCUCGACAGACCGGCGCCGCCGGAGAAGCCUUUGGAUGUCACCAACGUCACCAAAGAGGGUUGCCACUUGACCUGGGGACAUCCUCUCGACGAUGGAGGCAGCCCCAUUCUGCACUACGUUAUCGAGAAGAUGGACAUGUCCCGUGGAACUUGGUCCGACGCUGGCAUGAGUAUGGUGUUAAGUCACGAGGUCAGCCGUCUGAUUCAUCGCAAGGAAUAUCUAUUCCGCGUCAAGGCUGUUAACAAUAUCGGAGAGUCCGAUCCACUCGAGACUACGAAGAGCAUCAUCGCGAAGAACGAGUUUGAUGAACCGGAUGCGCCUGGUAAACCACAGAUCACGGACUGGGACAAGGACCAUGUGGAUCUGCAAUGGCCAGUGCCGAAGAACGACGGCGGAUCGCCGAUUACGGGUUACAUCGUUCAGAAGAAGGAAAAAGGCAGCCCUUACUGGGUGAAUGCAGUGCACGUGCCGGCCGGUCAAAACAGCACGACCGUUCCAGACCUGACAGAAGGUCAGGAGUACGAGUUCCGUGUGAUCGCUGUCAACGCCGCCGGUCAAUCCGAACCGUCGGAACCCAGCGAUCUUGUCACUGCCAAACCUCGUUACCUGGCUCCAAAGAUCAAGACGCCGUUGCAGGACGUUCGAAUCAAGGCUGGACUCAUCUUCCACGUGGAUAUCGACUUCAUCGGCGAACCGACGCCAGAGGCAACAUGGAGUGUAGGAAGCAACGAAUUGACUUCCAACGACAGGACGACGAUUACAUCAAUCGGUUAUCACACAAUCGUGCACAUUGUCAACGCUAAGAGGUCCGAUUCGGGAUUGUACCAUCUAUUGCUGAAGAACAGCAGCGGCAUAGACGAGGGCAGCUUCCAAAUGACUGUUCUGGACAAACCUGGACCACCGGAAGGUCCUUUACAAUACGAGGAAAUCACUAGCCAAUCCGUCACGCUCUCGUGGAAGCCACCCAAGGAUAAUGGAGGCAGUGAACUUACUGGGUAUGUUAUUGAAAAACGCGAUCUCACGCAUGGUGGCGGUUGGGUACCAGCUGUUACUCACGUGAAUCCCAAGUAUAAUCAUGCGACUGUGCCACGAUUGCUCGAGGGAACCACGUAUGAAUUCCGUGUGUCCGCGGAAAAUCUUCAGGGUCGCUCCGAGCCAUUGACUACCGAUCGAUCUGUUGUUGCCAAGAACCAAUUCGUAGUUCCUGGACAACCUGGUAAGCCGGAAUGCGUGGACGCUGACAAAGAUCACAUCAAGAUCAAAUGGACUCCGCCUAUUAGUAACGGCGGCUCCAAGAUCAUCGGUUACGACGUGGAGCGUCGUGAUCGCGCUACAGGUCGUUGGAUAAAGCAAACCAAAGAACCCGUCAAAUAUCCAGAGUACUACGACGAUCAUGUGACUGAGGGUCAUCAGUAUGAAUAUCGCGUGUCAGCCAUAAACGCCGCAGGCGCUGGAAAACCGAGCGAGACCUCGUCCGUAUUCACAGCUAAACCCAUGAAGGAGAAGCCGAAGCUUAAUCUGGACGCUCUGAUCGGACGCAAAAUCAAGGUCCGCGCUGGGGAACCGAUCAACGUCAACAUACCGUUGUCCGGUGCGCCCACGCCGAAGAUCGAAUGGAUCAAGGAUGGAAAAUCACUCAUGGAAACUCUUCGCCUAACUACUGAGACCAAAAGCGAUCGAACGCAGCUAUUGAUUGAGAAGUCUGUCCGAGAUGACGGUGGCAUGUACACAGUGACCGCGACAAACGAUCAUGGAAGAGACUCAGCUGACAUCGAAGUGAUUGUUGUGGACAAACCUGGACCACCUCAAGGUCCCCUGCAAUACACCGGCACGACGCAAGAAUCCGUUGGCCUGUCCUGGAAUCCACCGGCGGACAACGGUGGAUCCGACAUCACAAACUACAUCGUCGAGGUUUCGGAUUACGGUUCUGACAAUUGGCGACAAGUGCCUGGAUACGUCCCCAGGACGAACUUUACGGCAAAGGGCUUGACCGAAGGCAAAAAGUAUGUCUUCAGAGUCCGUGCUGAGAACAUGUAUGGUGUAUCAGAACCUUUGGAAGGCAAACCUGUGGUCGCCAAGAGUCCAUAUGAUCCGCCGGAUGCACCAAGCACGCCCGAAAUCCUUGGUUAUACUCCUAACAGCUGCAGUCUUGCAUGGAAUCCGCCUCUCAAUACUGGAGGAAAACCUAUCACUGGUUAUUAUGUGGAGAGACGCGAACGUGGUGGCGAAUGGUUAAAGGUCAACAACUAUCCGACGCCGAACACAACGUUCACCGUGCAGGACCUUCAUGAGGGCUCGCGGUACGAGUUUAGAGUAAUCGCUGUCAACGAGGCUGGACCUGGUAAACCCAGCAAGCCCACUGAACCGAUUAUAGCCGGGCAUCAACGUCUGCGUCCUGACGCGCCUGAGCCGCCCAAGGCGGAUAGGAUCACCAAGGAUUCGGUGACUCUGAGCUGGCGACCACCGCGAAGCGACGGCGGCUCGAAGAUUCGAGGAUACAUCCUCCAGAAGAAGGCCAAGGGUGAUGAUGACUGGUCAGACGUAAACGGCGAGCCUAUACCGAGCAACGUAUACACUGUGCCGAAGUUGAAGGAGGGUGAGGAAUAUCUCUUUAGGGUGUUUGCCGUGAACGAUGUCGGCAGUAGCGAUCCAAGCCGACCUAGCAACCCGAUUGUCAUCGAGGAGCAACCCAACAAACCGGUCAUGGAUCUCGGUGGAGUUCGCGACAUCACCGUUCGCGCCGGCGAGGACUUCUCUAUUCACGUGCCUUAUAUUGGCUUCCCCAAACCAACCGCCACGUGGUUCGCCAAUGACGUUGUUAAAGAUGAAACCGAUCCUCGUGUGCAUCAACAAUUGGCCGAUGAUUUCGCCAGCCUGGUAGUGAAGAAUGCGAAACGUUCGGACGGAGGGCAGUACAGACUCCAGCUGCGCAACCCGUCCGGCUUUGACACGGCGACUGUUAAUGUCAAGGUCUUGGAUCGUCCAAGCCCACCUCAAAAUCUCCGCGCGGAUGAAUUCGGCGGCGACGCCCUCACUCUCUUCUGGAACCCGCCCAAGGACAACGGCGGUGCUGAUAUCACUAACUACGUGAUCGAGAAGAAGGAACCGAAGGCCGCCACGUGGUCCAAAGUAAGCAGUUACAUUACGACACCGUUUGUGCGGGUCAGAAACCUGACGGUUGGUCAAGUCUACGAAUUCCGAGUAAUGGCAGAGAAUCAGUACGGCACGUCGGAUCCAGCAACAACAAUCGAUCCGAUCAAGGCGCGACAUCCGUUCGAUCCGCCGGGUGCACCUGGCACACCUCGCGGUGUAGAGACCACCGAGGAUAGCAUUACCAUUACUUGGACCAAACCUCGUAACGACGGCGGCUCGCCGAUCCUCGGAUAUGUUAUCGAGAAACGUCUCUUGAACGAAGACAAAUGGGUCAAAGCCACCCCGGCUCUGGUCCACGACACUACUUAUAAAGUUACUGGACUGAUCGAAAAUCACGAUUACGAGUUCCGCGUAGCUGCGGAAAAUGCCGCCGGUCGUGGACCGUGGAGCUCCAACUCCGACAUUAUUCGUGCCAGCGCUGCACCAUUCCCACCGAAAAUCACGAGCGACCUCAGCAUCCGCGAUAUGACUGUGAUUGCUGGAGAACCGUUCACCAUCACGGUGCCGUAUACGGCAAACCCUAAACCGAAACCGAAAUGGUCUAUCAAUGGCGAGGAGGUUCUCACUGGAGAGAGGAUCAAGUUCGAGACGACCGAUGUGGCCUCACAGUUUAUCAACAAGAAGGCAAAGAGAUCGGACACCGGCACAUACACGAUAUAUCUAACGAACACCGUCGGCACGGACUCCGCUUCGUGCAAGGUCCUCGUUGUCGACAAACCAUCGCCACCUUUGGCGCCUUUGGACAUCUCCGACAUCACUCCGGAAACCUGCACGCUGACGUGGAAACCGCCUUUCGACGAUGGUGGUUCACCAAUCACAAAUUACAUCGUUGAGAAAUUGGAUCCAGCUGGCUUCUGGGUCAAGCUCAGCAGCUUCGCCAGGAGCACGCAUUACGAUGUGAUCGGUCUAGAACCGAAUCGCACUUACAACUUCCGCGUAAGAGCGGAGAAUCAGUAUGGCAUAUCUGACCCGCUACAAGCCGACGAGCCGAUAACAGCCAAGUUCCCGUUCACGGUACCGGAUCCACCCGGACAGCCGCGAGUCAUCGAUUGGGAUACUUCAAACGCCACAGUAGUAUGGACAAGACCAUUAUCCGAUGGUGGUUCUCGUAUCCAGGGCUACAAGAUCGAAUUCCGUGAUCCAGCUGAGGAUAAGCAAUGGCGCGUGGCAAACGACUAUCUUUUCAAAGAUACCACAUACGUGUGCUAUGGCUUGAUGAGCGGUCAUGAGUACGAGUUCAGGAUCCGCGCGAAGAACGCAGCCGGUUUCAGCAAGCCGAGUCCGCCGUCCGCUCCGUUUAAACUCAAGAGCAAGUUCAACGUGCCGUCGCCACCUGGCACGCCGCAGGUCACCAAGGUCGGCAAAAACUACGUUGAUCUACGAUGGGAACCGCCCGUGUCCGAUGGCGGUAGCAGAAUUACUGGCUACGUGAUCGAGAAGCGCGAGGUGGGCAGCGCGAUAUGGUCCAAGUGCAACGAGUACAAUGUCGUCGAUACCGAGUAUACGGUCAUGCAUUUGAUCGAGCGGGGCGACUAUGAGUUCAGGAUCUUUGCGGUGAACGCGGCUGGCAGAUCCGAGCCAAGCUCGUGCACCACACCGGUGAAAAUCUGUGAAGUUGAGGGUGGCGAGAAACCGGAGUUCAUCAGGAACUUGCCUAUCAGUCAGAUCAUACCGCUUGGCAAGACCCUUGUCCUUGAAUGCGAGGCCACGGGUAAACCGUUGCCGACCGCCAGGUGGCUGAAGAACGGUCGCGAGAUCACCCUAGGUGGCCGCUUCCGCGCGGAGGCGAUAAACGGCAUCUACAGAUUGGUGAUAUCCGAGGUGUGGGACGCAGACAACGGUGACUACAGUUGCCAGAUUUCGAAUCCGCUCGGCGUCGCCGCGACCACGUGCAGAUUGAAGAUCGGCACGCCGCCGCGCAUCGAGCGCAUGCCGGGAGAUCUCUAUCUGCCGGAGGGCGACAACACGAAGAUCAAGAUCUACUACAGCGGCGAUCAGCCGAUGGAGGUGACUUUGAAGAAGGACGGUCGCCAGAUCGUGGAGACCUCGCACAUCAAAUACACCGUGUUCGACGAAUAUCUCAUUAUCUUCAUCAAGGAUAUCCAGAAAGAUGACGCCGGCACUUAUGAUCUAUCUAUUUCGAAUAACAGCGGCAGCGUUAGCGCAUCUUUCAACGUGUACAUCACCGGACUGCCCGGACCGCCGACCGGACCACUUGAUGUUUCCGAUAUUGACAAGCACACGUGUACCUUGUCCUGGCAUCCGCCCAAAUACGACGGCGGUCUCCGGGUCACUCACUACGUGGUGGAACGUCGCGACGUCAGCCACACGCACUGGAUUAUCGUAUCGUCCUUCUGCAAAGACACCACCUUCGUCGUGCAGGGUCUCACCGAGGGUCAAGAAUAUCUCUUCCGGGUCAUGGCCGCCAACGACAACGGUAUGGGCCCGCCAUUGGAGGGCACCAACCCGAUCAAGGCCAAGGCGCCGUUUGAUCCACCGGGACCGCCCGGUACGCCCAAAGUCAUCGAGGUGGGUGGCGACUUUGUCAAUCUUUCAUGGGAGAAACCAGAGUCGGAUGGCGGUGCUAAGAUCCAGGGUUACUGGAUCGAUAAGAGAGAGGUCGGCAGUCAAGCGUGGCAGCGCGUGAACGUCAGCAUCUGCCUGCCGACACAGAUCAAUAUCAGCAACUUAAUCGAAGGAAGGCAAUACGAGUUCCGGGUAUUUGCUCAAAACGUCGCAGGACUCAGUCCUGAAUCAAGCGCCUCGACCUCCGUGAAGAUUGUCGAUCCACAAGCGGCGAAGCCGCCGGAGAUUAUCCAACCACUCCAGAAGGUGAAUUGCGUCCAGAAUCACAACGCUCACUUCCAAUGCAAGAUUAUCGGCACGCCGAAGCCAAACAUCACGUGGUUCAAGGGCGCCCGCGAGAUCGUGAGCGGUAGCCGCUACAACAUCUACUCCGAGGGUGAUACCCACAAUCUCAUCAUUCACGACGUGUUCGGCGAGGACGCUGACGAGUAUUUCUGCCGCGCGGCGAAUAAAUGCGGUGUAAAAUCUACCAAGGGCGAGCUCUUCAUCAAGACGCCGCCGAAGCUGAACGUACCGCCGCGUUUCCGCGACACUGCCUUCUUCGACAAGGGCGUGAACGUCGUCAUCAAGAUUCCGUUCACCGGCUACCCGAAGCCGAAGAUCACGUGGGUGCGCGAGGGCGAGGUGAUCGAAUCCGGCGGACAUUACUCCGUCGAGGUAAAGGAGCGACACGCCGUGCUGACGAUACGCGACGGCAGCCGCAUGGACUCCGGUCCGUAUCGCAUCUCCGCCGAGAACGAUCUCGGUCAGGAUACUGCCAUCAUCAAGAUCCAGAUCAGCGAUCGCCCAGACCCGCCCAGAUUCCCGCAGGUGGAUAACAUUGGCCACGACUCGCUGGCCGUCAGCUGGAAGCCACCGGUUUGGGACGGUGGUAGCAACAUCACCAACUACGUGGUGGAGAAACGCGAGCAUCCGAUGAGCAGCUGGAUCCGCGCCGGCAACACCCGUUUCUGUACGCUCGCAGUGACCGGUCUCAGCCCGGGGAAACAGUACGACUUCCGGGUGUGCGCCGAGAACAUCUACGGCCGUUCCGACCCGAGCGAGGUAACGCCGCUGAUCACUACGAAGGGUGUGAUCAAGCGCGAAUUCAAGAAGAAGGAGUACGAAGUGGACGCGAGCGGCAAGAAGAUACGCGGCCGCGAGGACGAGAAGCCGCGCGACUACGAUCAGUUUGUGUUCGACGUGUACAGCAAGUAUGUUCCGCAACCGGUUGAAAUUAAGCACACGUCGGUUUACGACAAGUACGACAUCCUGGAGGAGAUUGGCACGGGCGCGUUCGGUGUGGUGCAUCGCUGCCGUGAGCGGGCCACCGGUAACUUCUUCGCCGCCAAGUUUAUCCCAGUGUCGCACGUGAUGGAGAAGGAGUUGAUCAGGAAGGAGAUCGACAUCAUGAAUCAGCUGCAUCAUCCCAAGCUGAUCAACCUGCACGACGCCUUUGAAGAUGACGACGAGAUGGUGCUGAUCUUCGAGUUCCUGUCCGGCGGUGAACUAUUCGAGAGGAUCACGGCCGAGGGUUACACCAUGUCCGAGGCGGAAGUUAUCAAUUACAUGAGGCAGAUCUGCGAGGGUGUUAAGCAUAUGCACGAGAAGAACAUCAUCCACCUCGACAUUAAGCCCGAGAACAUUAUGUGCCAAACUCGCAACAGCACGAAUGUGAAACUGAUCGACUUCGGUCUGGCUACCAAACUCGAUCCGAACGAAGUAGUGAAGAUCAGUACGGGCACAGCCGAGUUUGCCGCACCCGAGAUUGUCGAACGCGAGCCGGUAGGCUUUUACACCGAUAUGUGGGCUUGCGGUGUACUGGCUUACGUUCUAUUGAGCGGACUUUCGCCGUUCGCCGGUGACAACGACAUUGAGACCCUGAAAAACGUGAAGGCAUGCGACUGGGACUUCGACGAGGAGGCAUUCCGCGAUGUUUCCGAGGAGGGCAAAGAUUUCAUCAGGCGACUACUCGUCAAAAACAAAGAAAAGCGCAUGACUGCACACGAGUGUCUCCUUCAUCCAUGGUUGACCGGUGACCAUAGCAAGUGGACCAAUCCAAUCGCCAACAGUCGUUACCUCAGCAUCAGAGAUAGAUUACGCGCCAAGUACGAGAACUGGGACAAAUAUGUCCUUCCCAUCGGCCGCCUAGCCGAAUACUCAUCGCUCAGAAAACUUUUAAUCGACAAAUACAGGAUUUACGACUCUUGCUUCGAUCGCCGACAAGCAGCGCCCAGAUUUGUCAUCAAGCCGCAAAGCGCGUUUACCUACGAAGGACAGAGCGUGAAAUUCACCUGUCGCGUGAUCGCGAUUGCAGCACCGACCUUGUCUUGGUCACAUAACAAUCAGGAGCUACGACAAUCCGUCAAAUUCAUGAAGCGGUACCACGGCGACGAUUACACCUUUAUUAUUAACAGAGUCAAGUUGGAAGACAGAGGAGAGUAUAUUAUACGCGCGGAGAAUCAUUAUGGCUACCGUGAGGAAGUCGUUUUCCUUAAUGUACAACCAUUGCCGAGAGAGAUUCCGAAGUAUAGACCCGAGCUGCAGCCUGUGCGCAAACGAGAACCACUUGGUUACAACGUGUGGCUAGAGAUGAUCGAGUCAGCGCCGAACUUCACUUUCCUGCUACGACCACGUGUCAUCCAGAUCAGACAAACUUGCAAGCUGCUCUGCUGUCUGAGCGGCAACCCACCGCCCACUGUGAAAUGGUAUAAGGACAGAGAGGAAUUGUCCAAGUACAAUUAUCCUAUGAGCAACGCCGACGGUGUCGUCACGAUGGAGAUCGUUGACUGCAAACCGGAGGACAGCGGCAAAUAUCGUUGUGUGGCUACCAACAAGCACGGCAAAGACGAAACUAGUUGUGUGGUCAUCGUAGAAGGCACUGGAGAAACAGAGGAGCAAGUAAAAUUAGUGCACGACCUCCUACAUUCCGGAGAUCGAAGGUUCAUCGAGCAACCAUUGAAACCGGCACCACCGCCGAUCGUGACAAUUCACAAAUACAAUUCCUCUCAAGGCCAAUCAAGCUCCACUUCUUCAUACAAUGGCAAACACAAUUCCACAACUUCUUCCUCACACAAAGAUAGCUCCAGUGUUAAAAUCAACGAUUCUGAUAAACGAAGUAUAAAGAAAUACGGUUCGAAGCUCGACUCUACUGGUAGUCCAUCUCGAUCCAGGAGUACUACGAAAGAACUCAUUCAACCCUCGGACGACUCAAUGAGACCACCGCAAUUCACUCAGAAACUGAAGAAUCUCACGAUCAAUGAUGGUGAACAUCUUGAACUCACGGCUAAAGUCGACGGCGAUCCGGAGCCGCAAAUUACUUGGAGUAAAGACGGCAAGAUGCUGAGCUCGUCGGAGAUCGUCGAUCUCAAAUAUAAGAACGGAGUGGCCACUCUCACGAUCAACGAGGUAUUCCCCGAGGACGAAGGCGAAUACUCCUGUCUCGCGACAAACAGCAUUGGCAGCAACACAACAUCGUGCAAGCUAACUGUAAAACCUGUGGAGAACGCUGCUAGGAAGAAGCAGAGCGACGACAAAUCGCCGAAGAUCGUCGACCACUUAACGAGCAAGUACGUGAAAGACGGCGAGGCUGUGACUCUCAGCUGCCGAAUAAUCGGCGCGAAGAAGUUCGACGUGGUGUGGCUGCACAACAACAAGGAAAUCAAACCCAGCAAGGACUUCCAGUACACUAGCGAGGCUAACAUCUACAAGCUAAACAUCGCCGAGAUAUUCCCAGAGGACUCCGGCACUUACACGUGCGAAGCUUUCAACGACGCAGGAGAGAGCUACUCGUCGUGCACGUUAAGCGUACUCGCUCCAAAUGAAGAGCCGAAAAGCCCAGCGUUCGCGACAUUCCCACAGUCUGCAACAGUGAGUGAAGGCGAGUCGGUUACUUUCACGUGCAAGACUGAUACCGCGCCUUUGAAAGUGACUUGGCUGAAGGAUGGCAAGGCGAUCCCCGAGACGAGCAGCAGAUACCACUUCAGCUCGGACGGCAGCACAUCCUUCGAGUUUGGCAUUAAGACGUGCACGGCCAGCGACGUUGGUCAAUACCUAGCGCGUGCGAUCGGCCAAAAGGGCGAGACAAACUCGGCGUUCGCCCUCAAUGUCGUCAGUCCCGGCGAGCUGUGAAAUUGAAUCUUGAUACCGGGUUACACGUCGAUUAUCCUCGCGGUCGACCACCGAAUCGGAAAACAUCUCUAAUACAUUCUUCGCGGAGAAUACGGGUCCCUUCGCGAAUAUUAAAGGACACUUGGACGGAUUUGCUUGCCCGAACAUGUUCUCCAAAAAUAGUGUGUCCUCCCUGCUCUCGCAGAUGCCGCAACAAUCUCCGGCCGAUUGUUACCGCGCCUGCCACAACUCUGGCCUUUCUGCUUUCGCGAAAUUUAACCCGGAAUGCAUGCGAUACGAGCGAAGGGUCGAGCCGGAGCGGCUCGGCUGCAGCGAACGUUUUUAGAGUAUAUGACGUCCCUGUACGGAAAGGAAGAGAGAACUGGAAGACUAAUAUUAAUCACUUUCUCUCUCGCGUACUCUGUAUAUGUAAAUUAUUCUGGAAACGCUGUAUUUUCUUCCUGUGUGUUUGUCAUGAUGCCGCACGAUGCGCGCGGCUCGCUGUCACGACGAGAAUUCGCCGUCGCCGCACACAAGCAUUACGGAUAGCACGCGCAACUUACUACGCUAAAAUAUUCGGCUUUGUUGUAUUACACGACUCGACACACACCUCGAGUACACGCAGCUACUUACGUACGGGCGCAUCGCGGUAGCAUCCGAAAAAAAAAGGAAGAGAAGGAAGUAAACGAGUAUCUCGUUGAAUGUCGAACGCCCGCGAACGCGAUCUUUCCGGCAAGACUGCCAGCAUCCUCGAACAUCCGAACAUACGUUUUUAAUAUUACCAUCUAAAAUUCUCGCCGGGAAAAUCCGUCGAUGGCGUUAGAACGAGUAUGCAAGGUUUUACGCGAUACUAGCGCGAUGUGCCCUCCUAUUCCAUAUUAAUGGUACGCACUGUCGUGUUUUACUUGUUUGAAGACUGCUUCCGUCAGAAAAUUUACGAUAAAAUAAAACGUAUAAUUAAAAAAA